CGACGAACGCUUUCAUGUACAAUAAAAACCCAGUCAUUUUCUUUUUUCUUGUUUCUUUUUUUUUUUUUUUUUUUUUUUCCCCGUUCGUUCCCCAAUGAGCAGCAGCCGUCACUCGGCCCACCUGUCUGACUCCCACGAAACACACCACUCUCAUCCCCACAGCAGCAACAGCAACAACGGCCUUAGCACGACGACGACGACGACGACGACGCAUCAGCAUCCACACCAGCCGCCGCUGCUCACGUCUUCAUCUGCUUCCUCUGCUCAUCCCAGCCAGGGCGCCCUUCUGCCGUCCGCCAACCUCCUCACCACUGCAGCCGCCGCAGCGAACGCCCACCUGACAUCCCACGGCGCGAGCAGCACCAGCACCAGCACCAGCACCAGCAACAUCAGCAACGCGCCAGCUGCUUCAGCAAUGAGCGAGCAUCGCACCGUCGCUCGCCAGGCCUCGGCGCCGCUUGCUCCGAAUUCGACCAGCUUUGCAGAGCUGCACCACGGACAGCAUCAUGCCGGCCACGCAUCGCACCCGUCGACGCCGCAGCAGAGCGCCCAGCAGCAGCGUCACCGCUCUGGAUCUACGUCCUUGAGCGAGCAUCUCGCGCCUUCGUACGCCUCAUCGUCAUCAUCGCCCGCGACCACGACCGCCGCCGCCGCCUCGCCAUCGUCCUUGUCGACGCUGACCCUCACUGGCGGCGGCGGCGGCGGCGGUGGUGGUGCUGCUGGAUCGUCGUCCUCGUCGUCCGCCUCGUCCUCAACCACUGUUGCUGCUGCUGCUGCUGCCGUCGUCCCAUCCACGCCUGGCGGGACGCCCAUCCCAAAGCCCGCGUUUGCCGGGUCGCUGCGGUGCAAGACGUCCAACACGUUCUCUGCGUGGCGACCGCGGUACUUUGUGCUGGACGGCAACGAGCUCCGCUGCCUCGCUGGCAAGGGCGACCUCUCGUGCUCGUACAUUCUGUACCUCCCUGGUGCUGAGCUCGCUGGCAAUCCACAAAAGCUCCAGAUUGACAUUCGCCUGCCGUCCAAGCUCCACGCCAGCAGAUACUCGCUCAGGGCCAGCACAACCUCAGAGUACGAGGCGUGGCAGUCCGCCCUGCGCACCGCCAAGAGCUGGGUCCCGCAAGGCGGCCCCGCGGCGGCAGGCACUCGCAAGUCGAUUGAAGUGUUCAACACACAGAGCAUGGACGAGGCCGCCAGCUCGAUUGGCGUCGAGGUAGGUGACAAUGGCGGUGAAGCAGAUCAAACUGCAGUCGUCGUUGCGCCACACAGCCACAAGCGCCGUCCAGCGACAUUUGAAGAGCUUGAAUCAAAGCAAAUGGGCCUCAGUGCUUCGCGUGAAGACUUUUUGUCACGCCUCAAGAACAUGGUGGAGGCUCUGGACGUCAGUGAAGUGCCUGGAACCAACCUGCCCGUGCCCGAUGGCCGCGCAUUGACUCGUGACGGCACCGUGCGCGAGAAAAAGUCGCGCGGGGAUCGCGAUGCGGCAGUGGCUGCAGCAGCGGCCAGCAGCGCCGUGUUUGCUCUGCGAUCGUCCGUUCACCGCCUGCAGUCGUCGGCCAUGGAGAUGCUCUCCCUCUACGCCGACUACAACCUCCUGGUCGAGACAAACGCCUUGUAUUGGAAGGGGGCGUAUGACAAGGAGCAGGUCAAGCUGAAUGGCCUGGAAAAGUCUCUGGCCAACCUGGCACGCCAGCACGCUGCGCUCGAGCGUCAAACUUCUCGCGUCUGCUCUUCGGGACUGCCGUUGGACGACAUUCCUUCCGACGAAGAGGAAGACGAGUUUGAGGAGCUCGACGGCAACAAUGACGACGCCGAGCUCCCGCAGGGCGUUGUUGACUCUGACUCGGACUCUGGUUCGGACGACGAGUUUUUCGAUGCCGUGGAAAGCGCCACCUCGCGUUCUUCAGCCGCAAUGGGAACCGCGCCAGGUACCCCAACCACACAGGGAUCCUCGUCCAUCCCCACCAAGGCUUCACGUGGAAACACCAUUUCCCUCUUCCCAUCCGGCAGCCAUCUUGCGAGCGGCACCCCGACUGCGGGCUCGCCAACCGUCGCGGCUGCCGCUGCCGCUGCUGCGCCCAUUACUGCUGCAUCUGCGCACAACACUGCCCUCGUUCGACCAGCGGCCGCGCACGUCCCUUCCAUGAACACGGCGAACGGCAGCGCUGAUUUCGCCACGACAGCCCCGCACCACUCGCACAAGGCUGACGGCAAUCAGCUUGCCAUCCGAGCUCACACGGGUGGCACGGGCUUGCGGCCAUGGCGACACUCGCUUCCCGCGUUCAAGUCGGAAAAGAAGCUCAAUAUUUGGAAGCUCAUCAAGGACGCGAUCGGAAAGGACUUUUCGAAAAUCUCCAUGCCCGUCAUUCUGAACGAGCCGCUUUCUGCCCUCCAGCGCUUCGCCGAGGACAUUGAGUAUUCGUAUCUCCUUGACAUGGCUGCUUCCAAGCCCACGUCGUUGGAGCGCCUGCUCUAUGUGGCGGCCUUCUCCAUCUCGUCGUACGCAUCCACGCUCAACCGCACGGGCAAACCCUUCAACCCGCUGCUUGGCGAGACGUACGAGUUUUACGACGCCAAUUCGCAAGUCAUGCUCCACGCAGAGCAAGUCUCCCACCACCCGCCAGUGUCCGCUUUCCACGCCUCCGGCACUGGCUGGACAUGGUGGAAGGAAGUUGCCUACUCGAGCAAGUUCACUGGCAAGGACAUGGAGGUGACGCCCGUUGGUUUCAGCCACGCCGCCUUCCCCGCCCAUCCGGCCGAUCACUAUACCUGGCGCAAGAUGACCACCUCUGUGCACAAUUUGAUUGUUGGCAAGCUUUGGAUUGAGAAUUUCGGAGAAGACACAAUGGUCAACCACGGCACUGGAGACAAGUGCACCAUCAAGCUCGAAAAGUAUCGCUAUUUCGGCAAGAGCGAGAUUGGUCGGGUCACAGCCCGCGUCCUGGACGCCUCUGGGCGAGAGCACUUCCGCAUCCAAGGAAACUACGACGAGUCCAUCCAGUUUGUCAAGGUUGACGCCGACGGUGCCAACUUGACCUGGGAGCAGCUGACUGCUCGGUCGGCCCCCACGACCCUUUACACUCGCUACCCGCAUCCUGACUACUAUGACCAGUUCUACAACUUUACGAACUUUGCCAUCACCCUGAACGAUGUGGACGAGCACCUGGCGUCCCGUGUGUGCCCGACCGACUCGCGUCUUCGCCCCGACCAGCGUCUGCUUGAAAACGGCGACAUGGACGGCGCACAGGCCGAAAAGACACGACUCGAAGAGAAGCAGCGCUCCGUUCGCCGACAGCGCGAAGCCAAGUCCACGCAUCACGUUGCCCGGUGGUUUGAGUCCAAAUUUGAUCCUCAUGUCAAGUUGGACACUUGGACAUACCUGGGCGGGUACACGGAGGCGCGUGACGCCGGUCGCUGGGAGAACGUGCCUGAUUUGUACUAGUUUCGUAUUUUUUCUUUUUUGGAAUCGAGACUGCUUGCAUGAUGAUGUUGUUUUUCUUUGCGUGUUUUUUUGCCCCCCCCCUUUUUUCCCCCUCUUUUGUUCUUUUGCAAAUCAUUGUUUUGUUACUCGUUGUCUAAACAAUACGCUGUGUUCUCGGUCUGCAA